AUGCGUGUAGCGACAUUCUUUACCGUGGUUUCAGCGCCCUUGAUGGCGCUAGGCGCCCCAAGUUGCGUCAAAAAGGAUACCUCGCAGUUCUGCACGCGUAUUACACCCGCGCCCCCAGCGGAAGUGACAGAGGCGAGGUUCAACGAAUUCGCGUACCUGUUUCUGGUUAAGAAGGAUAUUUAUGCGGCAUUCCACUAUAUCCUUCCCGAGUACAUUAACCACAACCCCGCGGUGCAGAACGGCGCUCAGAACGCUCUCGACUUCCUCGGUCCGAUCUGGGGAAACCAGUCCAUUACCGUGCUGAAUACGAAGAUCGAGGGCAACAUGUCGUGGUUGAAUUACCAGAGCACGUUCGGUACGAUCGUGGAUCGAUUCCGUUGGGAGGAUGGUUGCAUUAUCGAGCAUUGGGAUCAGGGAGAGAAGUUUCCCGACUCUUAA